CUGAGAUGCUAACAAGCUAGUCCGAACAGGUGCAGGCUGGAUUCAACCGCGAAUUUGAAGGUCAUACGAAAAGAUGAACUGAGCCGAAGUUAGCCGAAUAUGUUACUGUGUCAGUAUACACUUACUUAAAACUGUGUUUUAGUCGACCGAGCUUGUGUGAGGACAGCAGAGAAUUUUUCCUCAGUUUCUUUAUGAGGUUUGGUGCUACACCUGUGUUAGCUCAGAUUCUAGGCUUCUAGAACUAUCAUAAGUCAGUUUUUUUCAGCUGGACAUCACCACCUCUUGUUUACAGAUAUACAGAAACAUGUUUGGAGAUAUAAACAAAAUGUCCACAGCUUUUCCUUACAUGAGCUUGAAGGGUUUAAAGUGGACUAACUGUGUUCCCUGACACCAGCACACUGUUAUUUCAGAGUGAACAGCACACUCAGGUUCUGGGUUAAUAACUCAGUGAGGUGUAGAUGAUCUGAUAACAAGUGUUUUGUUUCCCCAGCAUGUGUAACUUUAUGACUUUAUGUGCUCCAUAUACAGCAGCAGCCUUAGCUGUCCUACUUAACACUUUAUUGUGGCAGUGUAUUUGUUUAAACUUAUAAAAAAAAUCAGAUGACUUUAGCUCUAAAAUUGAGAUAUUUUAAAACAUCAUCUUGGCUUACAGAGAUUUAAAAAGGUUAAUUUUUUAUAGUGGCCCUGAAGAACAAAUCACUACAGCAAAUAAUAAAACACAACCACAAGUAGGAAAAAACAACAAAUCACAAUGAAUCACAAAACUCAACAAUUAACAAAAAGUACAUUCAAUUUCAGAUGUGUUUUGGACCUCAUGGCCACCGUAUGUUUUACUACUUCUGCCACAACUCAGUGCUGAUUAUGACUGUACAUCAUAUGGGUAGAAAAUACUGCUGCAUUAUGGGCAAGGAGACAGUUAAAGAUGUCUGAAAACAAUCGGUUAAUCAAUUGAUAGAGAUUUUAUUGGCGACCGAUCAAACAAGAGUGCAGAAGCUCCUCUGGGACGGUUUGCUGCUUCUUUGUGUCUCCUGAAUGUUUUUGUGUUUGAACAUCUGAUGGUCAUUAUUCAGAAUUUUCAAACAUUUUAUCGAGUCAUCAUUGAUGAGGUGAUUAAUCAGAAACUAGCACGGAGAUGAUUUGUGAGGAAUGAUUGUUCGUUGCAGGGCUUUAUCUCGUACAGUCAACCUUUCAUUCCUGCCUCGUUGACUUUACACUUGAGGAAACAAUCCUCAGGUUUCGCUGCUUUGUCCUCUCACGUUCCCUGAUGUUCGUGCCUUCCUUUAUCCACACCUACACCUGUUUACACUCUUUUUUCUUUUAAAUUGGAUGCACACCUGCUGUGGAGGGAUUCUGAACUGCUAACUGCUGCAUGCAGGUCUUUGUGUUGUGAGAAAGGCUGCCACCGGCUCUGCUCACCUGCUGCAUGAUCUGCAUGGUAUCAUGAUGGAGGUGGCAGCAGGUCCCUGGACUGAAGUAUUCGAGGGCUCGGAGAGGAAUGGGGAGUCGUUGGGGAGCUCCACUCUGACUCUGGCUCCUCUGGUCGCUGAUUCUCCGUCCAUACGCCGCUCCCAGCCCAUCUUCAUCAACUCCAACAGGUCGAAAGGCGUCGAGUCCUUCUCUUCCUCCGUCCCGUCUAUACCCAACCCUUUCCCGGAGCUGUCGAAGUCUCCGGUGCUCAUCAGCUCACUUCCACCACAGACGAGUGACAAACACUUGAUAAAGGUGUACGGAGAGGACAGCCACAGCAGGUCAGUGUGGGUUUCUCGAGGAGCGACAGCCAGAGAGGUUUGUCACAUGUUGGUCCAGACGGCUCACUGCACCGAUGAGGAGAACUGGGCCCUGCUCGAGGUCCACCCGGUUCUGGGUCUCGAGAGAUGUCUGGAGGACCACGAGGUCGUGCUGGAGGUUCAGGCGACCUGGUCCCUGAAAGGUGACACGAGGUUCGUUUUCUGCAAGAACUACGCCAAGUACGAGUUCUUCAGGAAACCGAUGCUCUUCUUCCCCGAGUGCAUGAUCUCUGACAGCGCUGAUGUCAGCAAGGGAAUGACAUCAUCAGAGCUCAUUCAGCAGAACCUGCUGAAGUCGGGAGCGUGUCCGGAGAUUCAGGGUUUCCUCCACGUGAAAGAGGCGAGCCGUAAAGCCUGGAAGAAGGUCUACUUUUUCCUCCGCCGCUCCGGACUCUACUGCUCCACCAAAGGCUCGUCCAAGGAGCCUCGACACCUGCAGUAUGUGGCUGACCUGGAUGAUCUGAACGUGUACGCGGUGGUGAACGGCCGCAAGCUGUACGGAGCGCCUGCAGACUUCACCUUCUGUAUCAAGCCUUCAAAGAACCCUGUUCGGACUCAGGACCUGAAGAUCUUGUGUGCCGAGAACGAACAGACGCGAACCUGUUGGACCUCCGCUUUCAGAUUAUUCAAGUACGGGAAGCAGCUUCAGUGUAACUACCAAUUAUCCAAGUCGGCCCCUCGCAGCCUGGAAGGAAGCAAACUCCCAGAUGGCAAAUCAAAGUCAGAGGCCAGCCUGGUGGCCAUGGACUUCUCGGGGAAGGCCGGCGGACGAGUGAUCCAGAAUCCGACGGAGGCUCAGAGCGCAGAGAGGGAGGAGGGGCAGGCCUGGAGGAGGAGAGAAGCCCUGAGGUGCAGCCUGCCCAACCUGAACUCUGGAGCCAGACCUUCCUCCAUCCACAAGUCCCAGCCGUGGUUUCAUGGCGGCGUUUCCAGGAAGGAGGCGCAGAGGCUGAUGGAGAAGCAGGGCCUGGUGGACGGGAUGUUCCUGAUUCGUGAGAGCCAGCAGCAUGCUCAGUGUUUUGUCCUGGAGCUGUGUUACAAACUAAAGGCCCGACACUACCUGGUGAUCGCUUGCGAAGACAGCGGCAGGAAGUACUUCACCAUGGACGACGGCCUGACGCUCUUCAUCGACCUCCUGCAGCUGGUGGAGUUCCACCAAAUCAACAAGGGCAUCCUGCCCGUGUGCCUCAAACACCCCUGCGUCUGUGUAGCACUAUGAGUCCUCCGUUAUCCUUCAGUGUGACCUCUGGACCUUCACGUCAAGUCUAAAGUGUGAACCCCGGUCAUCACGUUGCACUGACAUCUCUUUGGCUCAGCUGAUAACGAGCAAUUACACGACUGGAUUAUGUGGCGGAGCGGUUCAAAGGUGUGACGUCUGAGAUAAAGUUAUCAGGGCUGUAAGACUCCUGGGACCUGAGAGCCAGACAUGAAGCAUCACGUCCGUCUCUCCUCUCCUUAGCAUUUUUAAUUAUUUUUGACUCCAUGCGCAGCUCCAGACAGUGGCUGUUUUGUUUUAUUUUUUAUUUUCAAGCUGCCAUCCCUGUGGAGAUGGCUUAAUUAGCCAUGUUGGACUGACUUUUAGCGCUUUUGGGAAAAGAGGACUGUGAACGUGCACUUGGUCACGGCGUGAGGCGGAAGACGUGCAGCGAGAGGAGGGAAACGUUUGAUUGUGGCUCCACCGUGUCUCACUGAGGAACUGAUUUAUCGUGGCCACCAGGGGGCACUCUGAGGCCAAACUGAACACCGGGGUUCACAGGGAUUUUCCAGCUGCAUAUAUAAGAAAUGAACACAUUUACUUACUGAUAUUAAUACUGAAGAUAAUUGUGAUAUUGGAAAUACGAAACUACCCCAGGUUGCAAUCAUGUAGCAUGUAAAUCCUCACUUUUUUUCUUGACUGUGUGAUGUUUUUGUACAUUACAUUCUUAUUAGUGCAUUUUUUUUUUUUAAAUCGCUGUAUUUGCACAAUGAUGGUGACGGGGAUUGUCUUGUGAUGUUUGAACAACCAAAUCUGUCACACAAACACACAUUUUAUGAGGGUACAUGAGAACUUGUUGUAGAUGUAGGUCGAUUUUAUGAAGGUAGUAGCUUAUAAAACUACAGAGGAAGACCAUAAGAUGUAUUUAAAGCUCUAGAAAGAGAUUUAAGUUAAGACUCUUUGGUAACGCUUUAUUGAACAGGUCAACGAUUUCCUAACAAGCUCCUUUUCAGCUGAUGAAAAUACAAUUGGACAUGCAAACAAAUAGUAAAAUAAACAUUUACUUGGGUUUGGAUGGAGCAAAAUAGUCUUAAUACCAAAUGAUUCCAAAGAAAUGGGACAGGAAUAAAGGAAUUACACACCUGUAAAAUAAAGCGUCUUGACUUUUUUCGUUAUUGCUGGUUGUGUAAGCAUGAUAUCUUUUAUUUAGAAUAAUUGCACUUAAACUUUUUGUAUUUUGUCGUAAAGAUCUCGAGCGAAGAUGUCAGCAAACAUACAAACACAGUCGUUAUUCAUUCAGUCCAGCAUUUACUGUUUUUUUUUUUUUUAAUCGAAUAGGUUUUGUUAGUUUCACAUGUGUUGAACGUUUUGCACCCUUUUCACACCUGUUUUAUAUGUUGAAUAAAUGAUUUCAUAUUAAA